AAAUGGCCGCCUUUCGCCUUCUCCCGUCCCCCUUUCCGCGCUCCACCUCCCUGGGCCCCUCUUGAGAGAAGUAACCCAGAUUUGGAAAUGAAUCGCCUGCUAUUCCCCUCCAUCUCUCCCUCUCCUCUCGCUCGCUCCCGUUCUCUUUCUCUCGCUUAUCUUUUCAUCCUACUCUUGGUAAAAACAGGAGCAAUCUUGGAAAGAGAGUUGCACCUCUCCAUCUCGGCGUCCUCCUCCUCACCCUGCCUGCGGCUCCGCGGAUAUUUACAACUUCUAUCUUUGGUUCCAGGAAAGCUUGAAUCGCGGUCCCCUGCUGCUGUUUGGUGCCUCUCUUGCGAGGUGACGGCCGAGCAAAGGAAGACAAACCCCCCCCCCCCCGCCCCCCUCGCCGCUCAAGCCUUCUACCGAAAGACUGACAUUUUCAGGCGUGAUGUCGGCCCCCGUUUCGCCUUGCCCGCUGACGCUGGCCUCCCCGACGUCGGGGGGCUCCCCGCUGCCCUCGCCCCUCUCCCCUCCGCCCAGGGUGCCCGUGUUCCAGAGGAAGGGCGCCCUCAAACACAAGAGGAUCGUAGAAGUGAAAGAUCACCAGUUCACGGCCCGCUUCUUCAAGCAGCCCACCUUCUGCAGCCACUGCACCGACUUCAUCUGGGGCAUCGGCAAACAGGGAUUCCAAUGUCAAGUUUGCAGUUUUGUGGUGCACAAAAGAUGUCACGAGUUUGUGACCUUCACCUGUCCCGGCUCGGUGACGGCGCCCCGACCAGAUGACCUGAGGAGUCGCCACGCCUUCAAGAUCCACACCUACGCCAGCCCCACCUUCUGCGACCACUGUGGCUCGCUGCUCUACGGCCUCAUUCAUCAAGGCAUGAAAUGUGCCUGUUGCGACAUGAACGUCCACCGACGAUGUGAGACCAGCGUCCCCAGUCUUUGCGGCCAGGACCACACCGAGAAGCGAGGCCGGAUCCACCUGACGGUGCGAGGCGAGAAGGAAGACGUCUUCGUCACAGUGCGGGAGGCUCGUAACCUGAUGCCCAUGGAUCCAAACGGCCUGUCAGACCCGUACGUGAAACUGAAACUGAUUCCCGACCCGAAGAGCCACAGCAAACAGAAGACCAAGACCAUCCGCUCCACGCUCAAUCCAGUCUGGAACGAGAGUUUUACCUUUUCCGUGCGCGGCCACCAGUGGGACCGGCGUCUGUCGGUGGAGGUGUGGGACUGGGACCGCACGUCCCGCAACGAUUUCAUGGGCGCGCUGUCCUUCGGAGUGAGCGAAAUCUUCCGGCGUCCCAUCAGCGGCUGGUUCAAGCUGCUGGCCCAAGACGAGGGAGAAUAUUACAACAUCCCCGUGCCAGACCCGGACCUGCAGGAGCCCCAGCCAGACGGUGUCACGCCCUCGCCGGCUCAAGUCGGCCCCGCCUGCCCAUCUGAGGCCCUCCCUGUGGCCCUGCCCCUGACCCCCACGCCCUCCUGUCCGCCCGCCCACUCCCACGGGCCGGGCAAGGGCAAGGUGGGCAUCCACGACUUCCACUUCCUCAUGGUGCUCGGCAAAGGCAGCUUUGGCAAGGUGCUGCUGGCAGAGGAGCGAGGCAGCGAGCGUCUUUUUGCCGUCAAGGUGCUGAAGAAGGACGUCCUCUUCCAGGACGAGGACACGGAGAGCGCCCUGGUGGAAAGGAGGGUGCUGGCGCUCCAGAUGCGCCCCCACUUUCUCACAUCGCUCUACUGCGCCUUCCAGACUGAGGAUCGGCUGUACUACGUGAUGGAAUACGUCAACGGGGGGGACCUGAUGUUUCACAUUCAGAUCAUCGGGAAGUUCAAAGAGCCUCAUGCGGCGUUUUACGCAGCGGAGAUUGCGGUGGGCCUCUUCUUCCUCCACAGCAAAGGGAUCAUCUACAGGGAUCUCAAGCUGGACAACGUGCUGCUGGACAGCGAGGGCCACAUUAAGAUUGCUGACUUCGGGAUGUGCAGGGAGGGCAUGUUUGACGGGGACACCACGCACACCUUCUGCGGCACCCCGGACUACAUCGCCCCCGAGAUUGUGGCCUAUCAGCCGUACAACAAAGCGGCGGACUGGUGGUCUUAUGGAGUGUUGCUCUACGAAAUGUUGGCGGGACAGCCGCCUUUUGAUGGCAUUGACGAGGAGGAGCUUUUCCAGUCCAUCAUGGAACAGUGCGUUUCCUACCCCAAGAGUCUCUCCCGCGAAGCCGUCGCCAUCUGCAAGGGGCUGCUGACAAAGCACCCCGCCAAGCGCCUAGGUGGAGGAGAGGACGCCGAACGCGAGAUCAGGGAGCAUCCGUUCUUCCGCUGGAUCGACUGGGACCGUCUGGAGAGGCUGGAGAUCCCGCCGCCUUUCAUCCCCAGAUCGGGCGGCAGAAAAGGGGAAAACUUCGACAAGUUCUUCACGGCGGCCCCGUCGGCGCUCACUCCCUCGGACCCGGACGUGCUGGCGGCUGUCAACCAGGAGGACUUCCAGGGCUUCUCCUUCCUCAACCCAGAGUUUGCCCCCUCGCCACUCACCGCGGUCUAAAAAUAACCUCGCCAAGCGGGCCGAUCGUCGGGGUCGAUGCUGCCGGCUCUCGCGACUCCGUCCGACGAGCGGGGCUCUCGCGUAUUUCAUCCAACUUGACAGAUUCAAGUAGGCCGACAUUAGGGAUAGAUAGCCAGUGUUGUAGAACCCCGCGGAAGAGUCGUUCGGGGGAAAUAGCUAUCUGACUUCAUCAUUUAGCAUGCGGACUGUGUAGUUGUUUUGUUUUUUUCCAUCGAGGUUCCCAGAAGUAUAUCGAGCUGUUGUUCCACUGCAUGUAGACAGCAGAUUUAUUGCAAUUAGAGACUCGGUUAGCACUUGACAAAAGUUGCCCCUGCUGCACCGAGGCUGAAGACCAGAUGGCAUGAAGGUUCUUUCGAUGACAGACACGGUGAAAGUUCAUUCCUGCGUCAUUCUCCGCAUUUUUGACACCACCCCCCACAAAAAAAAAAAAAAACGAAUAUUUACUGAUUGGACACUUUAGGAAAGCUUCACUGAGAUCGUUUGCAUAUUUUCUUCUUUUGGUGUCAGAAGGGUCGUGAAAACGACAAAUGUCAUGGUGGACUUUUUAACUUGCGGAAAGCCUCACGACAGCUUUGCCAAAUUUCUCCAUCAUGCCAAUGUGGCCAUUUUUUAUUGUAUUCAUUUUUUGCUACUUUUGGAUUUGUGAUUGGAUGUUUU